AUGCCGAGUGAAUCGGAAACCAUCAAUGCUGACAGGUCCGUGUACAUCAUCAAACAUAUGGGUCGUUUGGUCUAUGAUGAGUCUGGCACUGGUCGCUUUGCUGGAUCAACCACAGGAGUUCAUUUUGUGUUAGGCGCACAGGAAACUUCCAUACAGGAUCUCAAUUACGGUGGUCACUUCCCCCAAAGUUGUUACAGCUUACACCUUUUGCAACCAACCAUCAAUCAGGCUGUAUCUCUCGGGUCUGAUUUUAAUUUAACGACUGGGUCCUCAAACUCUGUCCUAUUGGUUCAAGAUAUCAAGCCAUUCUUCUCUUUCCCGCUAAAUUACUAUAUGCGACAUGUUGAUAUAUUCAUGGCCAAGUGGGAAAGCUUCUGUCCUGUGCUGGUACGAAGGGAAAUAGUAAGCGCGAUGCAGAGUCUGCUGAACAAUCUAUAUGCGUCGUCAACACUGGCCAAAAUUGACUGUUCUACCGUCAUGACCAUGCUAAUGGUUACGAGUAUAAACCAAAUCGACCAAAACUUCAGUUCAGCUAGCGAAGGUGAGGCUGUAGAGACUCGCAAAAGUUGCCUCGACCUCGCCUGUCAGUUGUUGGGCCAAGUUAGUGCAAUUGGUGAUCUCCAAGCUCUCCAAGCUCUGUCACUAUUUGCGUUCUAUGUUCAGAUCACUGGGCACAGUAUUUGGUUGUUGCAAUUGAACAGCCUGAUGGUUCGUAUUUCCCAAUCUCUAGGUCUCCAUCGCCAUGAUCGGAGAUUCAAGUUCAAAAGCGGGAUGGUUGAAUUGAGACGACGCAUCUGGUGGUGGGUAUAUUUGUUUGACAAGAUCACUUCAAUUGUUCAUGGCCUUCCGAGACUCAUAAAUGACACAGAUGUUGAUAACGAAAUGCCAACUGACUGUAUUCUGGACGACGUCAAUGCAGAGCAUAUAUCAUAUCCAUUACCAGGCGAAAAUACGCCAGUAUUUUUGUUCAAUCAGUAUGUUUCACUAGGCCAGAAACUCUCAACAGUCCUUGAACAGCUUUACACUACAACACAACGCCGAGGUGGUGCGGAGAAAAUCAGACGCCUUGAUCGAGAAAUGCGCGUCUGGAACCACACCUUCAAUGCUCUGCCUCGUAUUGAUGCUUUCGAGGUGGGAGAAGAUGGUUCACAUCUGUUGGAUAGAACCAGCGUGCAUAAUGCCUCAGAACUCACCAUGUUGUGGCUACAACUUCUGGCAAAUAUUUCGAUGGUGUUAAUUCAUCGCCCUGCCCUUACUUUCUCUGUCCAGGUGCCGGAGUUUGGAAAAAGUCUCAACUCGUGUGUCAAAUCUAGCACUGCAAUCCUAAAUAUACUUGACCAUGAGUGGUUUGGUGGUUGGCUUCGCAGUAUAUGUCCAUCAGGUCCAAGCUUAAUAUUCCAAAGCGGGCUGAUGCACAUUUAUUCCGCCUGCCUCACCACGAAAGCCGGAGAACCAGAUCAGGUGACUAACAUGAGAGCAGUAGCAAAAGCAAUUGCGCUACUCCAGUUGUAUCUACCAGGAAACCAAAACCCAUCGUCGGUGCAGUAUAAUCCUGGAGACCUUCGAUCGCAAUGGAUCGGUGAUGCUGUCAGUACUUUACGUUCUCUUGAGAUUGCCCUCUUAGCAAGAUCUCAAAGCAGCCCGACUAUGGGCAGACUGGACAUAAUGGUUGGAGCUGACUUGCCAUCAGUUUCCCACGCGACUCAAGUUGACAACAUUCAACCCGCCCUCGCCACCCUCGAUACCUGGAAUACCAAUGCCUUAGAAUCUCUGAACAAUUUCAAUAACUUCGAUUGGAUCUGGGGAGACAUGACCAACUGCACUUAA